UAAUUGGUGACUUGUAUUAUUAAAUUAAAUUAAUAUCAUAGUCAGCUUGUCAACAUAUCAACCCUAUUUAGGUAGCAAAUAUCUAUUAUUAAACCCGCAAUGAUUUGAUAUCUCAUUUGAUGUCAAUAAAAUCCAAUAGGAUACACUUUUAUGAUUUUAAUUUUGAGGAUUUAUGAUGAUUUAUCCCUAUAAAUACCACUUUGUAUACCUUACAAAAAUCAACCCCUCCAAUUUAUUAAAAGUCAUCCCACCUUGAAAUAAACCCUAAUCCCUAUUUCUUUUAAAUUAAAAAAAAAAAAAAAAAAUCUCUAGUUCUCCUUCAUAGUAGAAAUGAGUAGAAAAAAUGUAAAAUCAUCAAUCAUAAAAGAUGUCACUUCUAGGAAAGCUUCACACAAAACACGAUCACUUGGGCUGUUAAAAAAGACUCAGGAAAUUAGUGUGUUGUGUGACGUGGAUGCUUGUGCUAUCAUAUACGGAGAAGAUGAUCAAGUUCCAUUGGCGUGGCCUUCAUCUGAGGCAGAAGUAAGACGAAUUAUCAACAAUUACAAAGGUAAGUCUCAAGUAGGUCAAUUGGAAAGGCAAUUAGAUCAACAGACAUUUUUAAAACAAACCGUACAGAAGAGUGAAGAGAAGCUAGCAAGGAUUCAAGUGAAGAAUCGAGAGUUGCAAAUGGAAAAUAUAAUCACCGACAUAAUGGCUGGUAGAUCUACACUUGAACAAGUCCCCUUCUGCGAUUUGGGAUAUAUGAUUAGGAUGUUAAAAGAAAGAAUGAAGCUUGUUAAGAAUCGGAUUUCUAAUUGGGGAAAUAAUAUCAACAGUAAUCCUCCUUUUCAAAACUCAAGUGCUAGCCGUGAUGAUAAUCUAAAAAUAAACUCAAGUCUUUUUCAUGGAGAUGGGAUGAUGGAGGCUAUUACGUCAAGGAAUAAUCAUACUAGUGAAUAAUUCUUUGCCGGGUGUAUCUUUGCUUGCAGCCAAUCCUCAUAAUUCCUAUUUUGUAGUUGUUGUUAUUGUUCUUACUUCUAGUAAUAUUAUGAGCCUAAGAUUUAAAUAAAGAAUUGGAUUGGUUUUAUUUGAUAUAUCUUUCCUAUUAUUUAUUAUGAGAUAUAAUAUCACGCUAUUAUGGAUAUUAAUAAUCACUUAUGUUGUGUCUUAAGACAUUAAAUCAACAUGUAUGUAUCUUUUAUUAAAUUCAUAUCUAA